AUGUUGGUCAAAAUAUACUUUUACAUAAAAUACGAAUUAAACAAAAUUCUUCAGCGAUUAAAAAUAUUAACCAAAAUGUCUUCAGAUUAUGAAAUAAUAGCGUUGUUAUCAGCAAUUUUAAAAUAUUUCCAUCAAAUCGGUGGACCAAUUUUAAUGAUUAUCGGAAGUGUUAGUUGUAUUUUGAAUUUAUGUGUUUUUGGUAGAAAAAGUUUACGGAAAAAUCCAUGCACAAUAUAUUUAAUAGCAACAAAUAUUAACGGUUUACUCUUAAUCUAUACAUCAACAUUAUAUAUGACAUUAGCAUUUGGUUAUUCAAUUGAUCCAACAGCUUAUAAUGUCGUAUUUUGUCGUUUUCGUUUUUAUACAAUGUUUCUUUUUGAAAUCUUAUCUCCAUGCUAUCUCAUAUUAGCUUCUAUUGAUCGUGUAUUGAUUACAUCACAAAGUGCCUUAACAAGACGAAAGAGUACUAAUCGUCUUGCUUAUGUUUCGAUAACUAUUGUCACUAUAUUCUGGUCAAUAGUUCAUUGUCAUUCAUUUAUUUUCAUGAAUCUUGUAUCAUUUGCUCCAGGCUUUUCUGCUUGCUUUUUUCAGCCUGCUUCAUAUUUAUUAGUGAUGAGUUAUUAUCCACUGGUUGUUAAAGUGUUUCUCAUCCCUUGUUUGAUGAUCACGUUUGGUUUAUAUACAGUGAGAAAUAUUCGAAAGGUAAACAAAACUGCUCCGACUCUGUUGAUACACAGUGCAACAACAGCAAAUGGAAAUUCGCGUAUUGUUCGAUCAAAGGAUCAACAACUUAUUAAAAUUCUAUUGAUGGAUAUAACUGUUUAUAUUGUAUUCAACUUAAUACAAUCUGUUAUUGUUAUUUAUCAACAAAUUGGUCAAAAUCAACCACAUACUAUUUUGCAAUCUCAAAUAGGAGGAUUUAUUUUUAUUCUUGCUCUCACAUGCUCACCAAUUCCAUUCUAUAUUGGAUGUUAUACGAAUCUAAUUGUAUCAAAAACUUUUCGACAAGAAAUGAAAAAUAUUCUGAUGCUCAGAUGA